AUGCAGACAUGGAAAACCGUUUUUCUAAUUAUUGUGUCAAUUUCUUUUAUUCAAAGUGUGAAAUUAGAACCAAAUUUUUAUUAUGAUGGCAGUGAACAGUUUAGUGGUUCAAAACAAACUGUCAAUGGGAAGAUAAAAGGUUUAAGAGUUACCGUUGAUACAUCGGAAAUAAAAGACCAUCAUAGGAACAGUGAAAAUGAGUUUUGGUCUUCUUCGCGACCUUCAGAGAACAAGAAAACUGUUGGUGUUAGAACUGAUGUUAGAUUUGAAAUAACAAAUGAAUCAAAUGAUGGAAGAAAACCUGCUGAAGGUUACAGCUAUGGAAUAUCAGGAAGUGGUAACCAACCAUCACCUCCAAGAGAAAUUGAUAUGAGUAUUAGAUACCCGUCGUGGACGACAGAAAGAAAUAUCGACAGUCACGGUCCAAUCAGUUUUCAUCGUGGUGAACCAUAUGACUAUCAACCUAAGCCAACACAAAAGCCAAUUAAAGCGAUGAAGUCACCACAGUCAGUGGAUUACCAUCAGCAUUUGCUGCAUCAUCAUAAGGAACAUAAAAUUUACCUUCCAUGCAGUUGCAAAGAAUAUCCUGGACCCUACACAUCUUAUUCUCAUGAAUCAUUCCAUCCUGAAUAUUAUACAGAUUAA